AUGCAUUUAAGAGUCAUCAUAAUUGCAUUUUUUGCAUUGUUUGCAUUAGGAUAUGCCCAUCCAUUAGGUUCCUUCCCCGAAAAUUUACCAACUAAUGAUAGAGCAGGAAGGAUCACGUGUGAUGUCUUCGGUAGCAAUACUUUAUGUGCAUUACAUUGCAUCCAAUUGACCUAUAAAGGAGGAUAUUGUAAUGAUAAGAAAAUUUGUAUUUGCCGGAAUUGA